AUGAUGGACAGAUUUGUCACGAGGCAAGGUCCAGCGAAGCAGGCUCAGAAUGGUCCGCCAAGUAGCAUUACUGGCAAAGGCAAGGGCAAGGGGAGUGAGACAACACUGCGUGAACCACCGGCCAAGCGAGUAAAGAGGGAGGAAAUUGCCGAUAGUGACGCCGACUCUGAUACAUCUUUAUCAGACGGAAAGUCCUUCAAAGCCACGUGGGCACCGGGUCACAUUCAAAGAGAGGACACGGCAGAAUCCCUGGAUCAAAUCAUCGAAGAUGCACAACUGCCACCUGAGCCAGAGGUACACACCGGAAGGCCUACCGCUAUUGAAAGCUCGCUGCCAGAGGUUGGGACCGACCAGGACGCGAUCGAGGAGUACGAGACAUUCAGGGCAUCACAAGGCGAGAAUUCAAACACAGUCGCCUCGAGAUUUGUGAAGCGGGAAUGGGUAAAGGGCAAGAGCUCCCUGUACGUCGACGCGUUCAAUCUGGCCCUAGGAACGGUUCUUGAGGACGAAUCUCACUUAUUUGACGAAAAAGAGCGCGCUUUGUUUGACUAUUGGGAUAAUUUGAGCUAUGAGGCGCAGUAUCUCUAUGUGCGCCUGUUUCUACGCAAGUCGGCAACUUGGCAUCGGAUCGCCAAGUUGGGAUACUACGAUGACGUUGCAAACCUAGAGGAUGCAGUUACGGAACUUCAGGAAACCAGGCUGUUUCCCGCCACGCUCUCUAGUUCGCAGGUAGACCCGGACAGAGAAGAGGCAGCCUUUGCUCAAGAGGAGCACAGCCUGGGGGAGUCAUUUCAAUUUGCCGAUGACUCUGGUGAUUGCAUCAAAACGGUGGAGGAGGCCAUUACUCUGUUGAGCCUUGAUGAGCUGAAAGGACUUGCCAAGGAUGCCAGAGUACAGGGAAAGAAUAAAGCAGAUUUUGUGAAAUCUAUCUGCAGAAUGAGCAAUCGUCAAGCCGGUCUAAUGUCUGUCGGUUUGCAGAGGUCCAACACCCACGACUCGGCUGUUUCGAAUGACAACCACACGCCAGAAGCCGAAUCGCCUGGCCCACAGCUAGUCGACGAUUCGAACAGAAACAAACAUUUCUUGGAGAAGAUCAUGGCCACCACCGGACCAUGUAUAAGACUGUCCCUGCCCAUCUUCAAAUUGUUUGAGAGAGUACACCUUGUUUUCUAUCGAUCUACCGAAUGGACAGAAAAGUCCUUGACGGCCAUUAUACUCGCAAAAAUCUCUCGUCGCAAUUUUCCAGAGUACAUCGUCAGCAGGUCCACAAACAUAUUCUCGUCCAGAGACCACUUGCUCGAAUUCGAGACUGCCACAAGGACAGAGUUUGCUGUCGAUAAUAUUCUUGAAUUCAACGGUCCAGUCAGCGAGAAAGGUUUCCGUAAAGUGUUGGACACAUUUGAGCACAUCUACGAGCGUUGGAAAAAGUUACUCGGAGAAGAGCAAAUUAAAGAGGACAGAGUGUAUGAAACGGGCGAAGGUACAUAUCUGCGCCGCUUCUCACCUGUCCACCCUUAUACACGAAUUAUCCACAAGGCUACCGGUGUCAUGGGACGCUUCAAAGAACAUCAAAGGGAACAUUCAAUCUUGACCGAGCUUCUUAGUCAGAGACUGUUCCAUCAUGCUCGUCGGGGCGCCUGGUAUCAACGAAAGGCUUUGCUCGAAGAGCAUUACAUGCAUGCGCUGGAGCCAGACCCUUCCUACAAGGAUCCCGAAAUGCAGAAGAAGCAUUGGAAACGGAUCGCUGUCGCAACUUGUGACACAGCCUUGGAAGAUCCAGACUGUCACCUGAAGUAUCACUAUGAUCUGCAGAAACGCAUCAUCAAGCUUGAGAAACAGCUCAGGAUUCCAUUCCGGUUACAGCAUGACUUUGGUCACGUGAGAUUGAAAAAGCCCGAGGAGCAUAAUAUCGAGGGCAUACAGAUUAAGCGCGAUGAUAUCGUGGGCAAGAAGGGCCGGGGCCCCAGCACGAAGACUAUUUGGGUGGACGAGGCAGAAGGAGAAGGCGAAUGCAGUGUUGAAGCCAUGUGCCUCAGCUCAUACCGGAGUCAAGGCUGGAAAGGUUAUCAUGCUGAAGGUGGUAUCAUUCGCACCCUGUUCGCUUACCUCUUCUUUGAUAUCCUUUUUCUCUAUAUCCCGAAUGUGUUCCAGACGGCAUAUCAGACAUGCCCCCUAGAUCUGUUUACGGAUUCGUUCUACCCAACCCGAGCCUCCGAGAUCAAUCACCGUCUUGUUGAAAUUGCAAAUGGAGACGCAGCGCGCAUUGUGCAAGAAGUCGAUCACCAGCAACGAGAGAGACGCACUUGCGUCAUUGGACUCAAUUGGGACUAUGAGCUGCCUGAUCUUCUGGAAUUGGUCAACUGCUUCGAUGGCGCAGCUUUGGCUACAGUGUGCAAAGUGAUGGCGCAAGAAUAUGGGCAGAGAGGGGGUGGCUUGCCUGAUCUCAUACUCUGGAGGGCGGAUCCCACAAAGGAGGUCAUGUUCUCAGAGGUCAAAAGUGCAAAUGACCGCCUAAGCGAUACACAGCGACUGUGGAUUCAUGUCCUCACGGGCGCGGGCGUCAGAGUGGCGCUCUGCAAUGCAGUCGCCAAAGAGGUGCGUGAGGUAUAA